ACACCCAGAAUUUCAAAACAUGGAGAAGAUGGAACAUUUCAGCCAUAUCCACCCUCUUCUGUUAAAGCAAGAAAAGACAGAUAACAACAACAACAACAACCUAGUCCUUUGCUCAGGUUGUGAAAACCCAAUUUCAUCAGGUCCUGUCUUCAGCUGCGACAAAUGCAACUAUAUCCUUCACAAAACAUGCGUAGAAAUUGCACGCCAUAUCAAACACCCUUUUCACCCUCAGCACCCCCUUGUUCUCCUUUCCACUUCCCCUUAUGAGGGACCCUACGUGUGUGAUUCCUGCAGAGGCCUCUUCCGAAACUUCGUCUACCAUUGUUAUACCUGCAGCUAUGAUCUUGACGUGUCAUGUGCUUCUGAGUGCAACCCAGAUGAUGGCCAUAAGCACGACUUCAUGUCAGUGACAAAUCCACAAUCUUUUGUUUGUUAUGCUUGCGGCUUGCAAGGAAACGAGGGUCUCGCUUGCCUAUGCACCGUUUGUCAGAUUUGGGUUCAUUCUAGCUGUGCUGAAUUGCCUCUUGCUGUUAGAAUAAAAAGCCAUGACCACCCUUUGAAGCUCACUUAUCUCCUUCAUCACAUUUAUGGUUUCUGGGGUAGCAUAACUUGCGGUGUUUGUAAUGGAGCAAUGAGUUCAGCUUUUGCGGGUUACUUUUGUUCAACCUGCAGAUUUCCCGUGCAUUUGAAGUGUUUGCAAGAAGAUUUAAGAGAUGACUGGGCAGUAGAAGAUGAGAAAUCAUCCACGUACUAUGAAACUGAUGAAUCCUUGGAUAUUGAUUUUACUUGUAGUUUCUUUGGUCAUGAACAUUUGUUGAAGUUGGCGGAUGAAGAGAGUGAUCUGCGAUAUUCUGGGAAACUCUGUGAUGCGUGUAUCCAACCCAUCGUGCCACCUUUAUUUUCUUGUGAAGAAGAAAAUUGUGGCUUCAUUUUGCACCAAAGUUGUGUUGAAUUACCAAGAACAACGCUACACCCGUUUCAUGCACACCCUCUAACUCUUCUCCCCAAGGCACCACAUUAUGAUGGCAUUUAUAGGUGCGAUGGAUGCAAAAGAUUGAGCAAUGGUUUUGUGUAUCGUUGUGAUGUGUGUCAAUUCGACCUUGAUGUUUGUUGUGGUUCCCUUCGAGAGAGAAUUGAACAUGAAAGUCACAUGCAUCCCUUGCUCCUUAAGAAGACAACAGUUGCUAGGCAAUGCAAAGGUUGUCAUCGUUGGUCGAAGCAUGUGCUUGUGUGUGAAGUUUGUGAGGAUUUUGCUAUUGAUUGUGGAUGUGCUACUCUACCGCGUGGAGCAUGGUGCAUGUAUGACAAGCAUCCUCUAAGUCUAAACUAUUUUGUUGAAGAGGGUUUGAGGGAAUAUGAAUGUGGCAUUUGCAAUGAGAAAAUUUGUCCGAAGCAAUGGUUUUAUUACUGCGAUGACUGUGAUUAUGGUGCUCAUCCUUAUUGUGUUGAAGGCAAGUGUAGGCUUGUCAAGUUCGGAGGUAGUUUCCAAUAUGAUGUUCAUUCACACCCUCUUGCUUUGGUUGAAGAAACUGAUGAAAACACUAAAUGUGAAGCCUGUGGUGAAUGCUGCAACGGCUGGACACUUGAAUGUGGGCAAUGCAAAAGCUACUUUCACCGUGAAGGACUGUGUUUUUGGAAACAAUUUAAGAAGAGUGACAAAUAUUUUAAGUUGUCUGGAAUUAUGAGACACAGGUAUGCAGCAAACGUGCUAGCCUCCAUGCCCAAUGUAACCAACAACAAAGCGAAAGGCAGCUGAAGAUAUACCACUGCUUCACUGUCCUUCUCUUAAUUAAGAAAACCAAAGUAUAUAUGUUUCUAAUGUUAUGUGUUCAAUUAAAUUUAUUGAUUUAAUGUUAGUGUCCGCGUUUCUCAUAUUUAUGCUUACGCAAGAAAUUCCUUGUUCAAAUGUAAGACAAGUUAUUUCUCACAAGUAAUGCCAGUACAGGCAUUACCAA